AUGUUUAGUGUAUCUGCAUCACCUACUAUAGCCACAUGGUAUGGACCUGCCAAUGGUGCUGGUACUGAUGGCGGAGCAUGUGGAUAUGGUAAUUCUGUCGAGUCAAAUUAUGGAAAAUUUGUAACCGCAGUCGGUAAUGGAUUAUUUAAAGGUGGCCAAGAAUGUGGUGCUUGUUAUCAGGUGCAAUGUUCGUCACACCCAGCAUGUUCAAAAAAACCGAUAAAGGUAGUUGUUUCCGAUCAAUGUCCAGAAUGUAAUCCUGAUCAAUUUGAUCUGAGUGGCACCGCAUUUGGUGCCUUAGCAUCUAAUGGGAAGGCUGCUGAACUCCGUAUUGCUGGGAAGAUCCAGAUAAAUUAUCAACGGGUUCUGUGUCAAUAUGGGCAAAAAAUAAAAUUUGUAGUCGAUAAAGGUUCGAACCCAAAUUACAUAGCCGUAAAUAUAGAGGAAGAAGGUGGAGAUGGCGACCUCAGUAAAAUAUUCGGGGCUACAUGGGGUAUCAACUCCUUGGUACCGGGUCCUUUAUCUAUUCGUCUCACCACAAGCAGUGGACGAUCUGUCAUAGCUAAUAACGUUAUACCAGUUGGUUGGCACCCUGGUGCAACUUAUUCUUCCUCCGUUCAAUUUUAA